AUGGACACUGUGAUUCGAGAUUUAAAAGAUACUUUGGCAAAAAUGGUGGAUCCAAUUGGGCAAAUUAAACCGUCGGAAAUUAUGAAGAACUCUGAGAUACAAGAGCUUCAAAGCAUUGUAAAUCAUACACGUGAGGAAGAUAGGGACAGCAAGUCUUUAGCCAACUCUCCAAACAGUUUUAAACCACGACCAAGAAGAUCGAUGUCUUGUCGUACACUUCCUGAUGCUUUUUACCGAGAUAAUCAAGAUGCUGUUAGCUUGAGUAGCGUUGCAAGUGGCACAAGUGCCAGCAGUCAAACUGUGCCCGUAGAUUCAAAGAAACAUGACAACUGCUCCUAUUCUAUUGGGAAUAACGCUUCAACGUUGGAGACACAGACAGUCUAUACUAAACAGUCCAGAUGGUUGGGCAAAUCCAUAGCCAAAGCGUUUAGAAAACGCACAAGGUCGACUACACAAUCAACCAAUUCAGAGGGUACAAUAAAUGACACUACGAUUACGAAUAUGCAGUCUAACCAAAUCAGUCAGAAAUCGAACGAUGACAAUCAGUUGGAUCGACUUUAUCUGACAAUCAGUCGAUUGCAAUGUAGGAUAGAUCUGCUUGAAGCAAGACACAAAAAACUACAGGAAACCGUAUUGAAAUAUAAUCCUGAUGAUGAACUUCUAUGCAAUGAAUUUCGUUUGGAAGGAACCAACAGAAAAGUGUUUUUAUCAGAUUUGUCGUCUAAAUUUUGCAAAAAUAGUCGUUAUUUUGUGCCAGUCCUUGUGAACACUGAAGAAAUCAUUAUUGAUUCAGAAUCGAAAAAAUCACUGAAAAUAGGAUGCAUUGGAUUAAAGGAUGAUAUGACUUGGAAUGAGCUGGAUGAAGUACUGCAAGAACUACUUCAGUGUUACAUCACUUACCUGGAUCCUAAUGAACGACUGCAACUUAAUUCACUGGAACUAAAGGCGUAUCAGCUAAAUUCAAUUUAUCAAUAUCCGAAUAUAAAGAAAACAGAGAACAUUGUGCGACGUUUCUCACGAAUCCUACCACCACCACUGCCACAACCGUUAUUUACAACAAAUCAGAAUCAUUCCCAACUCCCUGUGACAGCAACACUGGAGACCAGCUGUCACAUAAACAGAGAAAUUUAUUCACAGUUCCCUGUUAUGUGGCUGGAUGAAAUUACUAAAGGCUAUGAUUUGGAGCUAUUCGUCUUGUCUAUAGAAAUAGAUUUACAAGGUCGUACUAUGAAGUCACAAUUGAAAAGAAUGGAUAAAAUGCUACACCAAAAUGUUAUUGAGAAAACUGACAUGUUGAACUAUGGAUGUUUUACAAGUCUAGUACCAUAUAAUACACUGAAGUCUUACUUAUCUGUCAUCGAAGAAAAUAAUUUCAUUGUAAUCUGUGGACUGACUGGAACCGGAAAAACGCAUCUGGUGAACAACCUGGCCAAAAUUUUAUCUUUUGAUUCGUGUUAUUCAAAGGCAAUAUACAACUUCCGGUUUACAAAUAACAAAAGUCCAACUGUAAAGGAAAUCAAAAAGCUACUCAGGAAACAGUUAUCAUCCUUUUCGAAAUGUGGUUUCCCCAAAGUCAUAAACUUAUUUGAUAUGCAUCUUUUCCAAGGAUCCGUCUUGGAUAUUUUAAAUGUUUUGAAUGCCUCACCAAAAGGUCCAAAGAUUAUAGGUACACGUGAAAGUGCGGACAAAGAUUUUGAGAACACUUGCCGCGUCAAUCAGAUAAAGAUUAUGCAUCAUUUGCCUGACAUAAAGAGUACACAAGAAUAUUUAGAAAGAGUAUUAUACAGAAAUCUCGCUCAAAGUCGAAUGUUUUGUUCACAUGGACUUACAAACGAAGAUGUUACUGCCAGUGCAAAUAAGGAUCGGAAGUGUUAUCAGUUGAUUUUCUGGUUAACCGAGUUUUGGAAGAAAUUAAAUGAAAUCCUGUGUUCUAUAACUGACAGAAAACACUGUGCCAUUUUCGGCGUUCAAUCCACACUUAAGUGCCCCUGGAUGAUAAUGCCUCAUUACAUUGGUUUCUUGACCUAUGGAACAACAUGCUGGUUCCAGUUUUAUUUGAAAAUAUGAGAUGUGUGACGAAAGAGAAGUCAAACAGUAUAUACAGCAUAUUAUUGACUGAUUUUAUUGCAUGGGUAAGUAUUACAUGGCCAUGGGAUAGAAACAAUAUCCACUUCCCUACCUCUUUGAAAAGUCCAAAAAUAAGUUUAACCCAGAACCCAUCGAGUACUCAGAACUUCCAGCCUAUUCAGUCUCCCUCUGGUUCCCUGGAUGCGGAAGUAGCCCAAAAUCGAAGAAGCAUGGAUUCGAGAAUUAUUCUGGAUGGGAUGUACCCAGCAAGUGGUGGCAGUGGUGAUGAUGUAGAACAAAUUUCACCAAAUACAAACGAUUAUAUACAUGUGAUCAGAACGCUAUGCAGAUUAGAAUUAGAGUAGUCCAUACAAUAUAACGAUUUUGGACACUCAAAAAUAUUACUUUUUCUUUACGAACGUUCCUUUAUAAGUAUGACAAUGAAAUCUCCUGUUUAAAACAAAAUAU